AGAGCAAUGUUGUCCACGGCUUUUCUCAGGCAGCCGGCGAGAGUUGCCUGCAUAUAUCAGCCAUUUUUCUCCUCCCUGCACCACGAUGCCGCCCUUGCUGAGUACACAGAUACGCCCCAAUACCCGGAGAUCAUCGAUGUGUCCCGUGAAGCCAACAAACGUAGGAAGAAGGAGGCGUGGCAUCAAAAAGUGACAAAUCUGCCGUCCGUGGAGCAGAAGAUGAUGGAACUCAACAUGCCUAAGUACUUUGGCCACUGGUCCUGCCAGCUGCGUGAUAACAGGCCCACCCUGCUCACCACGGACUUCUGCCGGUUUGCCACCCGCACCCACGUGGAAGAGGUGGAGAGGCUGCCGGAGCACUACUACGCAGAGGUGUGGCAGCAGGCAGAGGCAGCAGCUGGCAGAGUGGCGGGCCAGGUGGAGCAGCUCAUCGACUUGAAUUUUAAUACACAGCUGAACAGGCGCAUGCAGGACACGCCAUCAUCACAACUACGGCGGAAGACCCAAAAUUUUCUAUUCGGGCUGCACCGUUUGCUGAGUGGAGCGGUGGGGGGAGGCAGAGCACAUCAGACAAGCCAUGGUGGAUGUGAGGCCGCGCAUUGAAGCAUACUGGAUUCUGGGCAGCCUUCCCCCUGAUAACAUGCUGAAGAAGGCCAGGCGAGGUGUCUCCCACAUGAAGGAGAAGGAGAACGACCCUAUGGAGAGGCCAAUGCAGGGCAGAAGCUGUCCUUUCCUGGGAGUGCGGGUGGAGGAGGGGCUUCCACGGGUGGUGGACUGGGAGGAUCCCCUGGCCACUACCGGAGACCUGCCCACCGAGGCCAUAGACCCCCGCGCAUACGGCUUCAAGUUCAAACUUUACCGUGCCACUACUGUCACUGGGUCUUGGCCAAGUGAGGGGAAGCAGCACGGUCAUCUGUUCCUCCACACGAGGGAGCUUGAGAAUCAUUUCAGGCGCAUCCAUGGCCAGCUUAACGUGCCUGACGCCAUCAAACACAAGGCUCUGCUGGCAACCUUUACACAGGCCAUGGCACACGCGACUUACCUUGGGUUUGGGCCAGUGACGGAGAUCACCUACCCAUUGGUGCAGCAGUCGACAUUCACAGACGGCCAGCGGUGGAUCCUGGGCCUCUACCAGCUGAACACUUGCGCGCUGCAUUCCGAGAGGGCUGUGCAGAACCCACGCAACAAUAUACUGUGGCUGAGUGAGGACCAGCACCUGUUUGAGUGUGUGGAGGCUGGCAGGGUGAAGGGCCUCAACAUGUCUCUCCUCACCGCCCUCGUAGCCAUGUACCUCAAGAAGGGCGUGCCAAACCCUGACCCAACGCCUUACUUGUCCUUUAAGUACGUCAGCAACCACCCAGCCAGCGAGGAGUACCGGGAGCGCUUCCACCAGUACUACCUCAGGCUGACCUCCAACCGGCCAUUAGCGAGGGAACGGCCUGAAAUGUACCUGUGGGAGAAGAUUUACAAGGUGGACUUCAACACUCGGCCACUGGAGACUCCCAGGAGGUUUUUCGAGAACUACUACAAGAAGGAAGACCCUGGCAAGAGGCCCCUGAACCAGCAUCCCCCACGCUACAUCCCCAAGUCCAAGAGGAAGGAGAAGAGAGUCAAAUUUGAACCUGUUAUUGACUCAGAGCAGCUGUACAAGUAUGACUAACGCACACACACACACACACACACACACACACACACACACACACACACACACACACACACACACACACACACACACACACACACACACACACACACACACACACACACACACACACACACACACACACACACACACACACACACACACAUUAGAUUACAUACAUUGACAUACACACUCAAUAUACUUGCUUAAGAAAAUUUAUAUGCACAUACUGUUAACAUACAUACAUACAUACAUAUAUAUGUUUACAUACAUUAAUUAUGGUAAAUUUUUUUUAUUUCUUUUAUUUUUUUUCUUCUUCAGACACACACACACACACACACACACACACACACACACACACACACACACACACACACACACACACACACACACACACACACACACACAGUUAUUCAUGUCUUGUGAUGGUCUGUAGAUGAAACUGUAAAAAAAAAGUGUAAAUAAAAAAAUUAUUCAUUAUGUU